GAAAAUGAUCGAAAUUCACGCUUUGACAUUUUGAGAACGCAAAAAGGGUAAGCAGAGGUAAAUAUGAGGCGUGUGAAGCGCAUUUCAAAAACUAGCAUUCCUAGAGUGGAUAAAAUAGCUAAAAAGGACGAUUGUCAACACCUUAAGGAAGCCCAGAUUGAUUUCGUGGAUUGUGACAUCGUGAAAGAGGAGUACGAGAUUCAAGACCUCCAAGACGCUCCAGCGGAGAAAUUCGUCCUCAAGCGAAGCUUUGUGCCGGAGAGAAUGAAGGAAAGAGCUGCAAAGAAGCCGACGGAGGAGCUGCGCAAGGUUUCGCGCACCGUUGAGAGAUAUUUUAAGUGUGCUCACUGUGCGAAGCAAUUCCUCAGCAAGAAUGUCCUGUUCCAGCACAUGCAGGAGCACCUGCAGGAGAAGAACCAGGAGGGAAACCAGGAGAAGCCGUGUGCGGCCACAAGGCUGCUCGAGUUGAUGCUGAAGCAGCAGCGAGAAAUCAUGGAUUCACUGAAAGAGACGAAAAGCACCCAAAUGGAGAUCAUGAAAUCCUUGCAACAGAUUAAUCAGCAGCAAAAGCAGACCCGCGAAUCACUCUCACAAAUACAAAGCAAGCUCGUUGGAUCAAUAAGGAUAGGAACUCCCGAUCCGCAAGAGUGCUACUUCCCGAUUUGCAAUCUGGAGGAGUACGAGCACGCAAAGAUGGAAUAUGAGACAAAUGCCGAGACUGCGAACGCAAUGAGAGCCUACAUGUCAAAAACCACCAAGAACAGCGGGAAUUGGCUGGUCAGAAUCUUUCAGGAGGAUUUUCUGGUGAAUAACUUCAAUAUAAUCGGAGUCAAUGGUAAAAUGAGCCUGAAGCAGGACGAAUUCGUCAAAUAUUGCAGCAUGCACGUGAAGAGUGGCAACGAUAUGAGUACGCAUUUUACCAAAGUCAGGAACAAAUUAAUGAAGCGAACAACUCGUGAUAAGAAGCUGCAACUUAUUGAAGAAUCGUUGCUAGCAGCUGAACAAGAACAAAAUGAGGAAAACUCCAACUCUUCUGAUGAUGAUUCGCCAGAGAGUCCGCCAGCGAGUCGUCCAGGGUCUCCGGAAUUCGUUUCUUUUUGAGCUUUCGCGCUCUUUUUCUUGAGUUUAAGGUUUUCUUGAGUUAGUUUAUCAUUUAUUCUUUAGCUGUUUACGUUGAAUUGACAUUGAAGUUAAACAAUUUGAUUCAGAAAAAGAA